AUGCUUCCUGCACCCGCUCCAUCGGCAAGUCGGGGCGAUAUCGUCCUCCAGCCGAACUACUUCACCUCUUCCGUCUAUGUCAGGGCUCUUAGAGACGACAUAUCCACACUUAUACUCCGGUACCAUGAGGCGUAUGCGCAGACGUCGAUGAAGCCCUUCACGCUAUUCAAGACGGUCUGGCUGCAGAUGGGCUGGAACUGGUUGCACUUCAAGGUGUUUGAUCAUCGGUCGCGACAGACGUUUCUGGAGGUGACAGCGCGAAUGUUUCUCGAACGGACGGUUAGAACAGAAGCUCCAUUCACGAGGGCGGUCGCUCUGUUCUCGCUGUACAUCUUUUUCUACACCCAAAUCAAGGAUCCAAUACCGGCUCUGCGAUCGAUUAGCAACAUCCCCAUCCCCUAUGAUCAUUACCUUUCCCUGACAACUAUGCCCGAAUGUUUGGCAACACCGCAUCUGGCACCUCUCCAGCCGCACGCCCGACACCUCUUGUCGCGGCUAUUUAAGGACCGGGUGUUCUUCAUCCUCCCCAAGAGCGACCUCGGGGCGAUGAACCCGAGAGAGCUGCCCAGGGAGCUAUAUGUGGAAGAUGGGUUCGGGUUCUCGGACGUGGCAGCGCAGAAACGCAAGGGCAGGCCUCCGCGAAGGGAGAAGGGGAAGAUGGCGAGGAUGGCGUUGGAAGAGCUGGAGGAGUGGGUCUCUAGGCCUGGACCAUCGAACGCAGGAGGAGAGAAUUUGGCAGAGUAUCAGGCGGCCAAGGCGUCCAUGAUGGAAGCUUUGAGUAAAGAUCCUACGUUUUCUUGUGAAGAUUUGACGCAGACUGUGCUAGAACGGUUGGAAGCAGCGGGUCGGAGCUCAGGCAAAAGCGAGCUUGGCCUUGAGCUGGUAAGGGAGGCACUGGCGGAUGGGGAAGGGAUAUUUCAUCUGCUUAGAUAA